GAUAUGUUCAGUCUACCCCAGCCAACCGACCAUUCGAAUGGACCUACGAAUAAUGGGUCUUCUGGAGAUACGAGUGCAGACUCGGAGUAUAAGGACGGGCUUCCGGUCAUCGUCGUUCAGGAACAAAGUUUCACCCUGGACAGACUGCUGCGCCUUUGCUAUCCCGUCCCGAAACUUCCACUUCACACCAUCGACAUCCUGUCACCAGUCCUCACUGCGGCCAUCAAAUCUGCGAACCUCGCCAGGAAGCUCCCCGUACGCACCUACUGCCUGGCCGUACACCAUGGGUUCGUGGAAGAGGCCGAGGAAGCUGCAAGGGCGACGUUGAAGCUCCCCCGGCGCAUGCUGUACACCUCCAUACCCGGAAUCCCGGAGCUGGACCUCGUUGACGGCAAGGCACCUCUUCUCCUGCUCGACUACCACCAGCGCUGCUCCGAUGCACUGUCUAGUCUCAGAGUGCGUCUACCGUUCUUAUCGCGUGAUUGGACGUGGUUCAAGUGCACCGCGGAGGGAGAUGUGUGCCCUUUGGGAGACCAUCAAUACAUAUUGGCCGAUGGAACGUCCGAAGAACCCGCCAAGUGGUGGUCAGAAUAUAUGCGGGCAGCAGUCGAUAAACUCGAGGAUACCCCGUCUAGCGAGGAGGUUCGAUCGGACACGCAAUUGUUUGAAACGGCACUCAAGAAAGCAUACGGAUGCGAAUCGUGCAGAGAAACUGCGCUGCAACAAAUGCGCAUCUUUACUGUGCGGUUGAUGGACUACAUUGAUACGCAAGUGUCCAAGAUCCCGCUGUCUUUACCUGACAAUUUACGCCCGGCAACGCGAGGUGAUCGUCGACGUCUUAAAACGCUGGCCGAAGAAAAGCUACGGUUUCAAUUAAAUGUUUAUCAAAUUCAUGUAUAACCGAGAAACAAUACUGGAUCCAUGCCGACUGACA